UCAACUGCAGAGAUGAAUAACCAAGAAGUUACCUAUGCAGAACUCAAUCAGGUUAAGGGCUCAAAAAGACAUCAAAUGAAAGCUAAGGGCACUAAAAGUUCCAUUUCAGUAACUGAGCAGGAAAUAACCUACGCAGAAUUAAAUCUUCAAAAUGCUUCUCAGGAUCUUCAAGGCAAUGGCAAAAAUUACCCGUGGAAAGAUGUACCUUCAUGUCCAGGGAAGCUCAUUGCUGGGAUCCUGGGAAUCAUCUGCCUUGUCUUGAUGUCCACUGUGGUCACAAUAGCUGUUAUUCUCUUUCCUGAAGGACCAGUGCAGAACAAAGCGUCCUUGGAAACAAAGACCCAUAAAGCAUGUCAUUGUCCAAAAGAGUGGAUUACAUAUUCCAACAAUUGCUAUUACAUUAGUACUGAAAGAAAAUCAUGGAAUGAGAGCUGGUCGUCCUGUGCUUCUCACAGCUCUAAACUGUUCUACUCGGAUGAUAAAGAAGAAAGGUGUUUGUUCAGCCACCUCAUUCGUUCUUCAUGGAUUAGUAACGUUUCCCAGAACACCAAUAUUAAUUCAUUUGGGGGGCCAAAAGCCUCGACCUUCUCUCCUAAAGGGCCGUCAGUUUCUUCAGAGAGUGACAAGGAUUGUCCAUUUUUCAACUUUGACUCAAACAAAACUUCUUCUGAACCCUGCUUAGAUCUAAAAAAAUAUGUUUGUAAGCACUAGGCAUUUUAGUUACCUAAGCUAUCUCACCAUCUAUAAAGAACAUAUAUCUCAUUUCUUCAAAAGCCAUAGAAUUAUUUUCUCAGAAUAUUUUCAAAUACAAUUUUUAGAGCAAUUUUAGGUUUACAACUAAAUUAAGAGGAAGGUACAGAGCUGUCCUAUAUUAUCCCUGUAUGCACACGUGCAUGGCCUCUCCCGUUAUCAGCAUCAUUCACUAGAAUGCUUCAUUUGUUACCAAGGAUGAAUCCACAGUGAUGCAUCAGAAUCAUGCCAAGUCCAAAUUGUACCUGAGGUUUCACCUUUGGUGUUGUAGAACUUUUUUUUCAAUCUUUAUUUAUAUGUAAAAUAUAUAUGCCCAGGUACAUAUUAUGCAUUUCUUUAGCAUUUGCUAUUUAAAUUAUCGAUAAAUUGCACAUCAUAAUAUCAAGCACUGUCAUUGUAAAGUCUUCAAUAAGGUAAUCAAUCCACUCAUCUUUCCAAAUGAAUUGAUUUGUCCUAGCCCUUAAAGGGCUGCAAAUAAGAGUUGAACAACCCAGGGUGGUGUGGUUAUCAAUCAGAAUGAAAACCGGUCUGAAGACAGAAACUAGGGGAAGAUUCAUGUAAACAAUUAUUAUCUAUUUGUAAGGGAAAGCCUACUAAGAGGAAAUGCUACUAAAAUUAAAAAUCAUAAAGAGUUUCUUAGGGUUGAAGGAGAGUACACAAAGGAGGGAUCACUGGGCAGCCACGUCUACUCUCUGAAGAUGGGAUUUAGAUGUCAUUGAAGACAAUGUGGCUACAUACAGUUUCAUGGUAGACAUGCUUAUGGGAUUGGCCUGAGACAGAGCAAUUCCAUCAUCUACACAUGAACUUGGUGAGGUUGGAUCUCAGGCUGUGACUGGCAAGCAGGAGGAAACUGCCAGACUGUUGGGAGGCAUAGAGCAAGGGCAGGAAACUUUGACUGCUACUGGCAACAAAAACUUGCUAGAGGCUGAAUACAUAGGACUUCCUGGAUGCCUGCAGGUGGCUACCAAGCCAGAGCUGCCAAACAGCCUGAAAACACCAUGAAACCAGGAAAAAGAGCUUUUUUUUUGUUGCAGUGUUUCUCUGUUGCCUUUUACCAACAAAACUCAACCUCAUGUGAGCUGACAAGGAAGAGAAGUUUAUAGGAUCUAGCUCCAUUAUCUGAGAACAGGGCACAGAGGGAUGAGUAGAUUUAGAGCUGAGAGUACUCAUUUGUUAACAAGCACCUAGGGUUAUCAUGCAACAACCACAGAGUUGCUGUAUAAGAGUUAUUCACAUCUGUCCCACAUCCUCAGAGAAUGGAAUAAACAGCUAUCUCCUGAAUCACUUUUCUUAUAGUACUAUCAAAAUUAGGUUCAUUUUAUGGUAGAGAUUGUUUUUCUCAAUCAUUA